CUUCCUGAAGAAACACAUUGUGACUUUACACCAACUGAUUCCAGUGAAACGUGAGACCGAGCGGUAUCGAUCCAGCAGCCGAGCGUUUUUGGAUCGAAACGACACAGAAUUGAGCAGCCGUUGGCGUGUCCCGAACCGUCGCUGUCUUGGGCCGGUGUCGAGUGUUGACGAUGACGGAGCUCAGGCACCGGAGGGAGACCGAACUGCAGGAGCAGCCGUCAGAGGACAAGGGCUCUGACAGCGAACUAAAGGCGGAGAAAGAAGGUGCAGCUGAUGGUGAAGCCAAGGCAGACACCGGGGUUCCAGAGGUGCCGGUCCCUCCUGACGACACGCCAGAGGUUCUGAACAAAGCUCUGUCGGGACUCUCCUCGAGAUGGAAGAACUGGUGGGUGCGCGGGAUCCUCACUCUGGCCAUGAUCUCCUUCUUCUUCAUCAUCAUCUACAUGGGCCCCAUGGUGCUCAUGAUGAUUGUCCUGUGCGUUCAGAUAAAAUGCUUCCAUGAAAUCAUCACCAUCGGCUACAGCGUGUACCAUUCGUACCACCUGCCGUGGUUCAGGACGUUGAGCUGGUACUUUCUCCUGUGUGUCAACUACUUCUUCUACGGCGAGACGGUGACGGAUUACUUCUUCACUCUGGUGCAGAGGGAGGAGCCACUCCGGAUCCUCAGCAAAUACCACCGCUUCAUCUCGUUCGCCCUCUACCUCACAGGCUUCUGCAUGUUCGUGCUGAGUCUGGUGAAGAAGCACUACCGCCUCCAGUUCUACAUGUUCGGAUGGACCCAUGUGACCCUGCUGAUAGUGGUGACCCAGUCUCACCUCAUCAUUCACAACCUGUUCGAGGGGAUGAUCUGGUUCAUCGUGCCAAUUUCCUGCGUGAUCUGCAAUGACAUCAUGGCCUACAUGUUUGGCUUCUUUUUUGGCCGCACUCCUCUGAUAAAGCUGUCACCUAAGAAGACCUGGGAGGGCUUCAUCGGGGGGUUCUUCUCCACUGUUGUGUUUGGAAUCAUGCUCUCCUAUGUGAUGGCCGGCUACCGCUACUUCGUUUGUCCUGUGGAGUUCAACAACGACUCCAACAGCUUCCAGGUGGACUGUGAGCCUUCAGAUCUGUUCCAGCUCCAGGACUACGCCCUGCCCACUGUGCUGGAGUCCCUCACUGGAUGGACCACGGUACGUCUCUACCCCUUCCAGAUCCACAGCAUCGCUCUCUCCGCCUUCGCCUCCAUCAUGGGGCCGUUCGGAGGCUUCUUUGCCAGCGGCUUCAAGAGAGCCUUCAAGAUCAAGGACUUCGCCAACACAAUCCCCGGUCACGGUGGCAUCAUGGAUCGCUUCGACUGCCAGUACCUCAUGGCCACGUUUGUCAACGUUUACAUUGCCAGUUUCAUCAGGGGCCCAAACCCCAGCAAGGUGAUCCAGCAGCUGCUGGCGCUGCGUCCAGACCAGCAGCUCCACAUCUUCAACUCCCUGAAGGCUCACCUGACAGAGAAGGGGCUGCUGCCGGCGUUGGAGGAGGUCGCCGCCUAGAGGAGACCCCCCUCGACCUCACCAGCCCCCCGGGGGUCCAGCACGAGCAGGGACGCGCACGGAAGCUUCGGGUGACUCCGGGCUUUUCUGUGAGCACGAUCACACAAAGAAAACUAAUGUUAAAAACCGGGUCAUUCCAUCUCAUUUCAGUUGUGCGCCAUCCAGUGUUUAGAUUGUGUUACUGCAGACUAAGUGGUGAUCGCAUUUCCAUAGUCGCCAUUUUGGAACGCCGUCGGCUGCACCAACACAGAUGCUCCUCUAUAUACUAUUGUUAUGAUUUUAUGUGAAUAUUUUACUGUAUAUUUCCUUUCAUGCACUGCUCAGAUCCACCCCUCACUGGUCGUCACUCUUUUGCACCCAUUUACUUUUUAUUUCUAUGUUGUGGUUGUUUGUAUUUAUACUGGGAGGCGUUUUAUAUUUGCUAUUAUAUCUUAAUGUUUUCUCUUUUACUCGUGAAGAAUUCACUGUUGCCAUCUUAGUUGUGUUUUCUGUGGUCACUCGUGCUCAUCAUCACAGCUCAAGUGCUUCUAAACGCCUCAGUCGCGAGGAGGAGGCAAGUCACAGUUCAGGAGAGGAUGGAUGUUUGAGGAUGCUUCAACACUGCCCUUUUGCUUCUGGAGCAGGAUGUCCAGAGCAGAAGUAAACUUUUACCAAGUCUAAUCAUGUGGAGGGAAGAGUCGUAGCUUUUGUUCAGUCGCGCUCCACCGGUCGCUUUGAUAAAACUGCC